AUGGACCUGGACUCUGACGAAGGCUCCGGUGUCGGCAUCGGCAUCGGGAGCACUGGCAACAUCGGCAAUGCCAACAGCAGCAUCAACGUUGCCGCCAGCAGCAGCAGCACCAUGAAUGGCGGGAAUCGCCGCCAUUCCCACUCACACCAUCACCAGCAUGUCCUGGAUAACCACGGCCACGGCCAACGACACCACAGCACCAGCUCCAUCAACGGCAACGGAACCAUCAACGGAUCAAGCAUCACCACCACUAACACCAAUGCCAACGGGAACACCCAGCAACUGGCUUCUCCGCCCCUGACACACCCGUCCAACACGACGCCCCUGCCCGAGAGCGGCAGACGCCGCCGCCACCGCGACAAGGAGCGCGUCCGCGUCACCCGGGCCUGCGACAGGUGCAAGAAGCGCAAGAUCCGCUGCACGGGGAUCCAGCCGUGCGAGUUGUGCAUCCGCACCGAGUCCCACUGCACGUACAACGCGUCUUAUGCACGCGGGCGCCAGCCGCCCGUGGCCACUCGGGAGGAUGUCGCCCGAAUGGACCUCGACGGCCUCGACGUCUCCGUGCCGCCGAGCGCGGGAACGCAUGGAAACAGCUCGAACAGCAGCAAUUCCGCUGGUGGUGCCAUCUCCGGAUCAUCUGGUGCGGCUGGCGAAGAUGCCCUGAUGGCAUCCAUCGUCGUCGACGUCGGAGAGCCUGAUGUUGACCAUGAGCAUGACCAGCACCAAGAGGAAAGCAUCAUGAACGGAUCGAAUCUUGUCAUCGGCAGCGUCGGCCCGGGGACUGCCGAGCCUCCCUCGCGGGCGUCUCCUGAACCUACGCAGACAGACCUCCAGGGCCACUAUGUCGGCCCCUCGUCGGGUGUAUCAUUCUUACUGAGGGUUCAGAAGAGGUUACACCAGGCCGUCUCCUUCUCACAAGCCUCAUCCAUCUUCACUUUUGGCGAUGCUCCCCUGCCUGACUUUGACCCCAGCGGCGCCUUCUGCGUCCUGCUAUCCAAGGAUGAGGCGACAACGCUGCUCAAGAGAUACUUUGACUUUGCCGUGCCAACGCACCGUUUCCUCCAUCGCCCCACCGUCGAAGGCUGGCUCGAAGAGUUCUAUGCCACCAAUGGCGCGAUGAAAAGCCAGGAGGACGCUCCCGCGCGGAGAGCCGUCCUAUUUAUGGUGUUUGCUCAGGCGCAGGAGUACAUGGUCACCACCCAGACCCGUGAAAACGCGGACGUCAGCGCUCGAUACUUCUUGGCUGCAGAUCACCAGCUCUCCAAAGAGCGCGGUGCCGUCCGCCUAGCCAGCGUACAGGCUCGCUUAUGCCAGUGCUUCUGGCUACUAUCACAAUCACGCAUCAACCACUGCUGGAGUCUCUUCGGCACCGUCGGGCACCUGGCUCUCGCCAUCGGCCUCAACAGGAACCGUCACGCCGACCCGGCGGGGGCGUACAACUACAUCGAGCUCGAGUGUCGACGGCGCACGUUCUGGUGCGCGUACAGCCUCGACAACUACCUUAGCGCCGCGCUGGGCCGGCCCAGGACGUUCCACGAUGAAGACAUCGACCAGGAACUCCCGUCGUGCUCGGAGGACGGCGAUCUGCAUGCGGACCACAUAACACCCCGCAUGGGACGCGGGCAGUCGCUCAUGCUGGCGCCCGUGGCUCACGUCAAGCUUUCACGAAUAGUGAGCAUGAUCUUACGAGAUCUGUACUCCAUCCGCCCCUCCUCAUUCUCCAACCGCUGUGCCUUGGCAGCAAAGUACUCGCAGAACCUGAAGCAAUGGCGUGCCGAGCUCUCGCAGUUCCUGGAUGAUGGCAUCAACAUGGCCCUGCUCAUCCCAAUAUUCCAACGGCAGAGAAACGUCUUGAAUCUAGCCUACUGGCACGCCAUGAUACUAACCCAUCGGCCGUUCCUCCUCAGCAACUUUGCGAGGUUACAACGGAACGGCAAGAGCCGUCGUCGAAGUGUGCCGCAUAAGGACCAAGCCGGCGACAGCGUCCAGGCAUGCUUAGACGCGGCUAUGCACGUGGUAGAUACAGUGAACGACCUGAUCCAGGCAGGCCAGCUGUUCCGUGCAUUCUGGUUCACAUCUUACUUCGCCUUCUCCGCCGUCGUCGUUCUCUACGUCUACACAAUACAGCAGAGAACGGCGCCCGCAGAGACGUGGCAAUCUUACUUCGCAGCCGCGACGCGCUGCCAGACGCAGCUCGCCACGCUGGCUGACAACGAGUCUCAGCUGGCCGCGCGGUACUGCCUGGUGCUGGAGGAGCUGCGGACGGAGGCUCUGAGGCAGACGGAACGCCUCCACAUCCCUUCAGUCCAUGAUAACUCAAAUGGUGGCGGGUCUCUGGCAGCUCGUGCGGCAGAAGACGUCCACAACCAGCAGCCGGAUCACCUGGCAGGAAUCAACUUCUCAGACGUCGCUCACACCGAGGACUUUGUGGGGUUCGAUGCCAGUCCCAGUAGUUCUCUAGCUGACAUGACCAGCUGGGCCAUGGCGAUUCACACGGAAGGCGUGGCGGCGAGGUCACUCCUCACUUCUGAGAAGCCGACGGUCGAGAUCGUCGAGACUGUCAAGCCCGUCGAGCAGCCCAGGACUGUCACAGACUUGCUUUUGAGAAGGGUAGAAGAGGCACCAGAUGUCGAUGUUCUGGCAUACCCGGCAACGGCUCGUGGAAGAGAUGAUUAUGUCAACUACACCGCCAAGGACCUGGAUCGGUUCGCCGAUGAAGCCGCCCGCAAGUAUGCCCAAGCCGGGCUUCUGCCAGAGAACCCAAACUCAGCCCAAGCAGAGGUUAUCGCGCUUCUUGCCAACUCAGACAUCAACUAUGUAGUCACCAUGUUUGCCCUGUCAAGGAUGGGCUUUGCGGUGCUCUACCUCUCAACGCGUCUUUCCCCAGAGGCCUACGUCAACCUCCUUAAGAAGACAAACUGCAACCGCAUCGUCAUCUCAGACCGCUACAGCAGCAUAGCCUCCGAAAUCACCGAGCAGUACCCCAUCUCAUCGUUCAGCAUCCUCGACACGGUCGACUACGACCUGCCCACGCCCUCGGGCGAGCGCUUCCCCAUCUUCUCACACCCCAACGCCUCCCAGCGCAUCUCCUUCAUCGUGCACUCAUCCGGUUCAACGGGACUUCCUAAGCCCAUCUUCCAGACCCACGCUGCCUGCGUCUCCAACUACUCGAGCGGCAUCCCUUACCGCGCGUUCCUGACGCUGCCGCUGUUCCACAACCACGGCAUCUCAACUCUCUUCCGCGCCAUCGUUGCGGGACACAGGAUCGCCAUCUACAACGCCAACCUGCCGCUUUCCGGGACCACGUUGGUGAAGGCCAUGGCCGCGACGGAGCCGGGAAGUUUGCAUUGUGUGCCGUACGCAUUGAAGCUGCUCGCAGAGACCGAGGGCGGUAUUGAGGCGCUGAAGAAGCUCAAGCUGGUGCUGUAUGGCGGCAGCAGUUGUCCCGACGACUUGGGUGACCGUCUCGUUGAGGAGGGCGUGUAUCUUGUCGGACACUACGGCGCCACCGAGAUGGGCCAGCUCAUGACCUCCUUCCGUGAGCCGGGAGACAAGUACUGGAACUACAUGCGCCCCCUCGCCUCGGCCAAGCCCUGGCUGCGCAUGAUCCCCAUCGCAGGUGACGUCUACGAGUGCGUCGUUCUCGAUGGCCUCCCGUCAAAGGUCAUGUCUAACUCGGACGACCCGGCUCCAAACUCAUAUCGCACCCGCGACACCUUCGUCCCGCAUCCCACCAUCCCCGACGCCUGGCGCUACCUCGGCCGUCUCGAUGACCGUGUCACCCUCGUCAACGGCGAGAAGGUCCUCCCCAUCCCCUACGAGAACCACAUCCGCGAGCACGAGCUCGUCCAGGAGGUCGUCGUCUUCGGCGUCGGCAAGUCCAUCCCCGGCCUAAUCAUCAUCCCCAGCGAGAACGCCAAGGACCUGUCCAAGGAGGAGAUCCUCAAGACCCUCAGCCCGGUCAUCGAGCAGGCCAACGCGCGCGCCGAGGCGUUCGGCCGCGUCUCCCCGGAGAUGAUCGAGGUCGUCGACAUCGGCACGGAGUACCCCCGCACCGACAAGGGCACCGUCAUCCGCGCCGCCUUCUACAAGCAGUUCGCCGAGCUCAUCGAAGACGUCUACCGCCGCUUCGAGGCCCCCACGGAUGACGUCGCCGGCGGCGAGCUCGUCACCCUCGACCUGCCCCAGCUGGAGGACCACCUUCUCGACCUCUUCCGCAGCAAGCUCGGCUUCGAGGCUCUGCAGAAGGAGACCGACUUCUUUGAGGCCGGCGUCGACAGCCUUCAAGCCAGCACCGCCCGCGGCCACAUCCAGCGCGGCGUCAACCUCGGCGGCAAGACCCUCGGCCAGAACGUCGUCUUCGAGUUCCCCAACGUCGUCGCCCUCGCCAAACAUGUCCACUCCCUCCGCACCGGCGAGGCCGCAGAGGCCGAGGACGAGAUCGACGUAAUGAGAAAGCUCAUUGCCAAGUACUCCGACUUCAGCGAGCGCAAGCCCGGCACCGUCACCCCAGACGGCGAGACCGUCGUCCUGACCGGCGCCACCGGCUCUCUCGGUGCGCACCUCCUCGCCCAGGUCGUGCGCCAGCCCUACGUCAAGACCGUCUACUGCCUCGCCCGCGCCUCCUCCCCGUCCGAAGCUGAAUCCCGCGUGCUCGCUUCCCUCACCCCCAAGGGCCUCGUGCUCACCGACGCCGAAAAGGCCAAGGUGAGGUACCUCCCCACGAAUCUGGGCCAAGCCGACCUCGGCCUCACCCCCGAGGCGGCCGCUGAGCUACGCAUGACGCUCACGACAGUCAUCCACUCAGCCUGGGCCGUCAACUUCAACCUCGGCGUCGCGAGCUUCGAGGCGCAGCACAUCCGCGGCGUGCACAACCUGCUCAACUUCUGCCUCGGCACCGAGACGGUCAACCCUGCGCGGUUCUACUUCUGCUCGUCCAUCUCGGCGGCCGCGGGCACACCUAUUCCGGCGCGCGUGAAGGAAACGUACGUGGAGAACCUGGAGCAUGCUCAGAACAUGGGCUAUGCGCGGUCCAAGGUUGUGACGGAGCAUGUUGUGAAGGCGGCGGCGACGAAGACGGGCAUGACGGCGCGUGUGCUGCGCCUGGGGCAGAUUGUGGGCGAUUCAGAGGGUGGUGUGUGGAACCAGACGGAGGCGAUUCCGUUGAUGAUCCGCAGCGCCAAGGUGAUUAAGGCACUGCCUGCUCUUGACGAGACCCCGUCGUGGAUGCCCGCCGACAAAAUGGCCCUCGCGGUCCUCCAACUCGCCAACCUCACCGGCACGCGCUGCUCCUCCUGCGGCGCUGCCCCCGCCUCCCCCGACGACGCGGACCUCAGCCUCGUCUACCAGGUCCAGAACCCGACGCUCUUCCACUGGACCUUCGACUUCCUGCGCGCCCUCCGCGCCGCCGGCCUCGAGUUCCAGAUCGUCUCGCAGCGUGAGUGGGUGCGUCGCCUGCGCGAUUCGGACCCAGACCCGGAGCGGAACCCGACGUACAAGCUUCUGCGCUUCUUCGAGGAGAAGUAUGACAACGACAGGCCUGGCCGUGAAGGGCUGGUGUUUGAGACGCAGCGGACGGGAGAGAGGAGUCCUGCUGUUGGAGAGGGAUGGGAUGUUGUGGGGAGCGGGCUUGUUGAGAAGAUGGUUAGGUGGAUGGAGACGCAGUGGUAG